AUGUUUUUAUCCCUGGACAACGCAGAAACUGUGCCAAAGACCCUGACCACACCCAUCAAAAAGGAGGGCAAUCAGUGGUAUGAUGUGGGGAUCAUUAAGGGCACCUCCUGUGUGGUGUCACACUUCCAUCUCUCUACAGAAGACAUUGAUGUGGUCAACGUUGGGGAUGUGAAUGUUUUAAAGAAAAAGGAGUUGCUACAGGGCACUGCCUACAAGUUCCGAGUAGCUGGCAUCAAUGCCUGUGGGCGAGGUGACUUCAGCGAGAUCUCGUCCUUCAAAACCUGUCUCUCCGGUUACCUAAGCGCCCCUUCCACCAUCAAGAUCAGCAAGAAUACGGAAGGUGCCCAUCUUUCUUGGGAACCUCCUCAGAACACGACGGGAAAGAUAACCGAAUACUCCGUUUAUUUGGCGGUCCGUAAUGCGGCUGCCCACGUGGACCAGAAGCCUGGGGCUCCAGCCCAGUUGGCAUUUGUGAGGGUGUACUGUGGCCCCGCCCACACAUGUACGGUAACAGCUGCAAGUCUGGGCUCUGCCCACAUUGACUACACCACCAAACCAGCCAUCAUCUUCAGGAUUGCUCCCCGCAAUGAGAAGGGAUAUGGUCCUGCCACACAAGUCAGGUGGCUUCAAGAUGCCCAGAGUCCAGCUGCUCAGAACGUGGCAGUGAAGAGAACUGUAGGAGGAAAUGGAACUCAAGUAGUUGGAGCUGUCCAGGCUAAGAAACAGAAAACCGAUGAUGAAAACGAAAAACCAUAA